GGCUGCGGCCGGGGGCUCUGGGCGCGCCCCUCUGCGCGGCCGGCGCCUCCCGGACCUGCAACCCGGGUUCCCGCCCCGGGAGAGCCAGCCGUGCCGCUUAGGGAGAACUUGUCCCCAGGACCCCCCAGGCCUGGCAACCACACCUGCAGCAGUAGGAGGACUGAAGAUUUGGGCUCCUUUCGGACCUCACUGAUCUCACAUUAUUUCCAAGUGCUCAUUUAUCUCCCUAAUACUUAUCGAGCACCUAUUUUGUUCCAAGCACCGUGCCAGGAGCUGAGUAGGCACUGGUGUACAAAAGACAGGCCCCGGCACUUUUGGAGCUUAUCAUCUAUUAAGAGAGACGGGGAAUAAAUGUACGUAGCAAAUGUCCAGUUCCAACUGAGAGACAUUCUGUGAAGAAGAAGAACAGGGUGAAGUGAUAGAAAAUAAACCUGAGGGUUGGGGAGAGGGGACUUCCACCAAUGGAGUCUGAUGCCAAAUGCUGUUCCUCUGUUCAAAAUUACCUUCUCACCCUCCCUUUCACUUCCCUGGGGCCAAAUCUCUGAAGCUGCCCUCUUUGAAGCAGGGAUCUCCCUCAGCUUCCUUCAGGAAGAAUUAAUUGCCUCAUGGACAAAAAGGCAAAUACAUGGUGACGGGAAGUAUUUACUGGCAAAGCCCGGGAGAAAACUGAGAGGACAGGCACCUUUCUCUUCAAGACUUAUCUGCUCUAAGUCUCCAAAGAAACGGUUCUCAUGGAGAUGCAGCCUGGUGAGCCCUCAAACCAGGUGAAAGUCAGGCAGCACCGAAUUCCAACCUUGGGACCCCUGAGCAAGUCACUUCACCACUCUGUUCCUGAGGUGCCACCUUAUCUACAAUGUGGGGAAUAAGAGUUGCCUUUCCUACGUCACAAGGCAAGGAAGCAGUGUGGGAUCAAACUACAAGGAAUGCCUAAUCCUAAGGUUCUUGAUCUUCCACAAUGGGUGAGCCACAGCAAGUAAGCGCCCUCCCACCCCCUCCGAUGCAGUACAUCAAGGAGUAUACAGAUGAAAAUAUUCAGGAAGGCCUCGCUCCCAAGCCUCCACCUCCAAUAAAGGACAGUUAUAUGAUGUUCGGCAACCAGUUCCAGUGUGAUGAUCUUAUCAUCCGCCCUUUAGAAAGUCAGGGUAUCGAACGGCUUCAUCCUAUGCAGUUUGAUCACAAGAAAGAACUGAGAAAACUCAAUAUGUCUAUCCUUAUUAAUUUCUUAGACCUCUUAGAUAUCUUGAUAAGGAGCCCUGGGAGUAUAAAACGAGAAGAGAAGCUAGAAGAUCUUAAGCUGCUUUUUGUACAUGUGCAUCAUCUCAUAAAUGAAUACCGACCCCACCAAGCAAGAGAGACCUUGAGAGUCAUGAUGGAGGUGCAGAAACGUCAACGCCUUGAGACAGCUGAGAGAUUUCAAAAGCAUCUGGAACGAGUCAUUGAGAUGAUUCAGAAUUGCUUGGCUUCUUUGCCUGAUGAUUUGCCCCAUUCGGAAACAGGGCUGAGAGUAAAAACUGAACCAAUGGAUGCUGAUGAUAGCAACAAUUGUGCUGGACAGGAUGAACAACAAAGAGCAAAUUCAGGUCAUAGGAGAGAUCAGAUUAUAGAGAAAGAUGCUGCUUUGUGUGUCCUAAUUGAUGAAAUGAAUGAAAGACCGUGAAGGAUGUUCCUUUUUUUUCUUUUUUUUUUUUCGUUUCAGUAAAUAGCAUAUAUAUUAGUUAAUUCACUUUUAGAGAGUCUCAAAAGAGAUAGCACUAGAAGUCUUGCAAGCAGCUUGACUCUCCAACUUUCUCAGUUGUUAGACGUCACAGGCAGUUUAUGGCAUUUCACUUUAUGGCAAGCCUAGGUAAAUGAGUGUGCCUACAUUGAGCAAUCACCUUCAAAAGCAGUGUUUGCCGCUAGUGUGUGGAACAUCCCUGUUUUCGGAGUUACAGUAAACUUUGAAGAUAUCCUCAGUAAUAGUAGGUUUUCAUCCCUGAAAAGUAGAUUUGUCAUUUGCUUUAAGAAUGAUAGAUAAUAAAGGAUAUCAAACUUUAUAAAUAUGAAA